GCACAGUGUGCUGUGUGUUUAGGGCCAUUUGGAGAUAAGUGCUGCUCUGAGAGGAGGGUGGGCAGUGAAAUACUCUCAGGCAAGAGAAACGUUUUGAGCUGAGGCCUCACUCUCACCUUCUAGGCUGACAUGCCACCCGAAAACCCGGCUCGGCAGAGACUUUUGAUCAAAGGGGGAAACGUCGUGAACGACGACAUCUCUGUGGUGGCUGAUGUGUACAUAGAAGAUGGAGCUGUGCAGCAGGUGGGACCAAACUUAAACCCAGAGCCAUCGGCUGGACUCAUUGUGCUGGAUGCGACCAACAAGCUGGUGAUCCCUGGUGGUAUCGAUACUCACACACACAUGGAGUUCCCUUUCAUGGGUAGCAGGUCAAAAGAUGACUUCUAUACUGGAACCAAGGCUGCUAUAGCAGGAGGAACCACUAUGAUCAUCGACUUUGCCAUCCCUCAGAAAGGUUGUUCUCUUACUGAAGCCUUUGAUAGAUGGAAAAGCUGGGCAGACCCUAAAGUCUGCUGUGAUUAUUCACUGCACGUGGCAGUUACAUGGUGGAGCAACAAGGUGAAGGAAGAAAUGAAAAGUCUUGUUCAGAACAAAGGUGUCAACUCUUUCAAGAUGUUUAUGGCCUAUAAAGAUGUGUACAUGGUCAAUGAUGAGGAGUUAUAUGCAGCCUUUUCCUUCUGUAAGGAACUUGGAGCCAUUGCUCAAGUCCACGCGGAGAAUGGGGAGCUAAUUGCACAGGGUGCAAAGAAGAUGCUGGCAAUGGGAAUAACUGGCCCUGAGGGUCAUGAGCUGUGUCGUCCUGAAGAAGUGGAAGCUGAAGCUACACAAAGAGCAAUUACCAUAGCAAAUGCUGUAAACUGCCCUCUUUAUGUAGUCCAUGUAAUGAGUAAAUCUUCAGCAAGGGUGAUAAGUAAUGCACGAAGAGAAGGCAAGGUGGUUUAUGGGGAGCCUAUUGCUGCUGGUCUUGGCACAGAUGGCACCAACUACUGGAAUAAAGACUGGGCUCAUGCUGCAGCAUAUGUGAUGGGACCUCCAUUAAGACCAGAUCCAUCUACUCCUGAUUUCCUCAUGAACUUACUGGCCAAUGGUGACUUAUCUGCGACAGGGACUGACAAUUGCACAUUUGACACAUGCCAGAAAGCUCUGGGCAAGGACGACUUCACAAAAAUCCCUAAUGGAGUGAAUGGUGUGGAAGACAGAAUGUCAGUCAUAUGGGAAAAAGGAGUUCACAGUGGAAAAAUGGAUGAAAACAGAUUCGUAGCAGUUACCAGCACAAAUGCAGCAAAAAUCUUUAACCUUUACCCAAAGAAGGGGAGAAUUGCUGUGGGCUCUGAUGCUGACAUUGUAAUUUGGGAUCCUAAAGCCACAAG